AGCGAAGGAGGGAGCGGCGGCGGCAGCGACGGAGCCAGCGGCCGAGCCGAGGGCGGGCAGGAGGGGCAGGCAUGCGGAAGAGCGAGGGCGUGGCGGACGAGUCGGUGUCGUGCCUGCGGGAGGCGCUGGGGCAGCUGCGCGACAUCUGGGAGGAGAUCGGCAUCCCCGAGGAGCAGCGCCUCGAGCGCACCCAGGUCGUCCGCAACUACGUCAAGGAGCUGCUGGCCAAGAUGAUCGCUGAGGAGCAGAGCCUGAAGAGCCGCCUCCUGCGGAGCAUCCAGGUGUGGCGCGGCCAGCUGGCCACCCUCUGCCGGGAGCUGCACUUGCCGCCCUUCCAGGAGGACAGGGAGGCGAGUAUCCUGGAGCUGGAGAAGGUGCUGCGCACCCAAGUGGAGGCCUUGCUGAGGGAGCGGCAGGAGCGCAAGGAGGCCUUGCAGGCCCUGCGGGAGCAGGAGCUGGAGAUGUGCGACUUGCUCUCCAUCACACCCGCCAGCAUCUGUGCCAACACGGUGCCUACUCCGGAGGAGCUGGACUGCUUCCGUCACCACUUGGCAGCGCUGGGGGCAGAAAAGGAGCGCCGGCAAGCUGAGUUUGUGGGCACAAGGCAGAAGAUCGUCGUGUGCAUGCAGGAGCUGGAGCAUGUCCCUGACACCAGCUUUGAGCGGGAUGUGGUGUGCGAAGAGGAGGAUGCCUUCUGCCUCUCGGAAGACAACAUUGCUGCCUUGAAAGAGCUGCUGCAACAGCUGGAGAGCAGGAAAGCUCAGAAUGAGGCUUUGUGCGAAGAGCUGCGCUCCAAGAUCCUGGUGCUUUGGGAUCGGCUGCGGGUGCCUGCGGAAGAAAGGGAGUCCUUUGUCCCCUGCAUGGCAGGAUCAAGGAGCCAGACCCUCAAUGCCCUGCAGUUGGAACUGAAUCGCCUGGAAACGCUGAAGCUUCAGAACAUCAGGAACAUGGUGGAGGCCGUCCGGGUGGAGCUGGCGGAUUACUGGGACAAGUGUUUUUACGGCAAGGAGCAGAGGGAGUCCUUCAGUCCCUAUUAUCAGGACCAUUUUACUGAGGAGUUGCUGCAGCAACACGAGGAGGAGAUGGCACGAAUCAAGCGUUUCUUUGAGACCCACCAGGAACUUUUUGAAGCCGUCCGCAAGUGGGAGGGGAACUGGCACCUCUUCCAGGAGCUGGAGAGGAAGGCGACAGACCCAAGCCGCUUCACCAACCGAGGGGGCAACCUCUUGAAAGAGGAGAAGCUGCGGGCCAAGCUGCAGAAGGCCCUUCCCAAGCUGGAGGAGGAGCUGCGGGGCCGGCUGGAGCUGUGGGAGCAGGAGCACGGCCAGGCCUUCCUCGUGAACGGGCAGCACUUCAUGGAGCACGUGGCCGAGCAGUGGCAGCUGCACCACCUGGAGAAGGAGCGGGAGAAGCAGGAGCGGCAACUCAAAAAGUCCCGACAAAUUGAGGAGGAAAUGCUGUUUGGCAGCACCCCCUGCACGCCCAGCAAGCGUCGGGUCUUAGGCGCCGCCACCCCAGUGAAAGUGCGGAAGCUGAACGCCACGGCCUCCACCCCCAACAGCACCAUCCGCUCAGCCCUGGGGGGCUCCGUGUUCCACUCCCCAGCAUCCCGUCCAGGAAGCAAGCCUCCACAGUCUGUCCGGACUCCCUGCCGCACGGCUGCCAAAGCCUCCCGGCCAGCCCGCCUAGAGCACAACAAGGAGAACGUCUCCCAGAGGCUCAACGGAACUGCUCUGAGCGGUGGGUGCACCUCCACAGCCCCUGCCCAGCGCACUCACAGCAUUAAUUCUGUUGCCAGCACCUAUUCUGAGUUUGCGCACGGACUUUCCGAGGCUUCCAGGUCUGAGAGCAGGCCUCGUGUUCUGAACUCCACCAUUUCAGCUGCUCACAGCUGAAGGGGAAGGAAGAGGGGCCCCCCCCACAAGGAAGCAGCUCCCCCUCCAGCUCAGCUGCCCCCUCCCCAACCAAACUCGAAACCAGGCCUAGGCGCAGGGGCCGCUGCCGUUGUUUUAAUUCCAGGGCAAAGAUUUGGGUGUUUUAAAAAACGACAAUACAGUCCUCUUGGUUCCCCCGGCUGGGCUGCAGGGAGUUGGAGUCUCUCUCGCUGCGAGCCUGAGCAGCCUGCAGGGCCUUCCUUUGCUAUGGCUUAUCAUGGCCUGAUAUGCACUUUUGUGUUCACUACAGCCCCUCAUUAUUUAUUAGUAUGUCCCUUUAUUGGUAUGCCUUUUUUGUUUCCUCCCUCCCACAUCGCUUGCUAAAGCAACGGACCCUGCAUCCGCUGUAAAGAAGACUAAAGACUUUAUUAAUAAAAUGAAUUAUUAGACAGUGUUUUGUAGCUUCUCUCUGCAUAAAAUAAAGCAAGAAUGGCUCUAUUGCUGA